AUGGCUGACGCUUCCACGCCGAAACCUAGCAGCAGCGUAAAGCUCGUGCUUCUUGGAGAAGCUGCCGUGGGAAAGUCAUCCCUUGUCCUCCGCUUCGUCAAUAAUGACUUUCAGGAAAAUAAGGAGCCCACCAUUGGAGCCGCUUUCCUGACACAGAAGAUCUCCUUGCCCAACCGGAUCAUCAAGUUUGAGAUAUGGGAUACUGCUGGACAGGAGAGAUUCGCCUCCCUGGCACCAAUGUACUACCGCAACGCUCAAGCCGCUCUUGUUGUCUACGAUCUGACCAAACCCACUUCGCUCACCAAGGCCAAGCACUGGGUCGCGGAGCUUCAGCGCCAGGCAUCGCCCGGCAUCGUCAUCGCCCUUGUCGGCAACAAGCUCGAUUUAUGUGCCGAAAGCUCCUCCGACAGUGCUACAGAGGGUGAAGGUACGGAAGAUGCCGCCGAAGGCGACGCCGAAGCGGAGGCUACAGAUGAUGGUGAUGCGAGGAAGGUGUCUACAAGAGAAGCCAAGCAGUACGCGGAAGAGGAAAGCUUGCUCUUCUUCGAGACGAGCGCAAAGACUGGCACUAAUGUCGCGGAUGUCUUCACGGCUAUUGCCAAUGCUAUCCCGGAGACUUCAUUGAAGGGCGCUCGGGGAGCCGGCUCUGGCACACAGGCCGCUUUAUCUGGUGCUGCCAACCGAGCUGAGGAGGCGCGCGUCAACCUGGCGGAUCGUGCAAAGACUCAGAAGGAUAAUUGCGCUUGCUGA